GAAACCCCACACACACCUCCCAUGGUUGUACUGUGUUCCUCCAGAGCCUGACAUACAGGUAUUCAGUGAGUACUGGUUAAAAGAAUAACAAACGCAUUGACACAAUUUUAACAGCUUCCCAAGGAUUUUCUCUCAAUCUCUUGUUAAGUUCAGCUCCUCGUCUGAUAAACAUGACGUUACAUUUUCCCCCCUAAUGUUAUUUUGAAGUUUCCACGUAGAUUAAAUAUGGCGACUGAAAAUAAAUCAAGAGACAAAGUGCUCGCGCAUCCCAUGACCUCCCCACCGGCAAGAAAGAGGAGAAACAGGCGUGAGCAAGCAGCGCUGGUUGGCGCAGAGAGAGAAGUACCAGGCACUCAGCACAGGCCGGAAGUCGGGGUAGAGGGCCGCGCCAGCUUCAGGCGUCACUUCUCACGCGACUUUCUGCGGGAAACAUGGCGGCACUGAGCGGUGUCCGCUGGCUGACCCGAGCGUUGGUCUCCGCCGGGAACCCUGGGGCAUGGAGAGGUCUGAGUACCUCGGCCGCGGCGCACGCUGCAUCGCGGAGCCAGGCCGAGGACGUGAGGGUGGAGGGCUCCUUUCCCGUGACCAUGCUUCCGGGAGACGGUGUGGGACCUGAGCUGAUGCACGCCGUCAAGGAGGUGUUCAAGGCUGCCGCUGUCCCAGUGGAGUUCCAGGAGCACCACCUGAGUGAGGUGCAGAAUAUGGCAUCUGAGGAGAAGCUGGAGCAGGUGCUGAGUUCCAUGAAGGAGAAUAAAGUGGCCAUCAUUGGAAAGAUUCAUACUCCGAUGGAGUAUAAGGGGGAGCUAGCCUCCUAUGAUAUGCGGCUGAGGCGUAAGUUGGACUUGUUUGCCAACGUAGUCCAUGUGAAGUCACUUCCUGGGUAUAUGACUCGGCACAACAAUCUAGACCUGGUGAUCAUUCGAGAGCAGACCGAAGGGGAGUACAGCUCUCUGGAACAUGAGAGUGCAAGGGGUGUGAUUGAGUGUUUGAAGAUUGUCACACGAGCCAAGUCUCAGCGGAUUGCAAAGUUCGCCUUUGACUAUGCCACCAAGAAAGGGCGGAGCAAGGUCACUGCUGUCCACAAGGCCAACAUCAUGAAACUUGGGGAUGGGUUGUUCCUGCAGUGCUGCGAGGAAGUUGCUGAACUGUACCCCAAAAUCAAAUUUGAGACAAUGAUCAUAGACAACUGCUGCAUGCAGCUGGUGCAGAAUCCUUACCAGUUUGAUGUGCUCGUGAUGCCCAAUCUCUAUGGGAACAUUAUUGACAAUCUGGCUGCUGGCCUGGUUGGGGGAGCUGGUGUGGUCCCUGGUGAGAGCUAUAGUGCAGAAUAUGCAGUCUUUGAGACGGGUGCCCGGCACCCAUUUGCCCAGGCAGUGGGCAGGAAUAUAGCCAAUCCCACAGCCAUGCUGCUGUCGGCUUCCAACAUGUUGCGGCAUCUCAAUCUUGAGUAUCACUCCAACAUGAUUGCAGAUGCAGUGAAGAAGGUGAUCAAAGUUGGCAAGGUUCCCAGAACAUCUGCUCCCUGACAUCCCUGCCUCCCUCUCAGGGCUGUUCUUCACCUCCCUUCUCUUGGCUGUUUCAUCCUCUUGAUCUCUUUUGCCUCUUAGAUCCCAUCUGCUGUUCCCUCUUUCCUGCUCCAUCCACUGCCCUUUUCAUGGGCCAUCUGAAUGCAGAACUUGCAGCUCUCCUUGGGGGUGGAACAGCAAGGGAUACAGGCAGGCUGAAGCAUCAGCUUCACCUUCACACCCAUCUCCUUUCCACUGCGAUUCUUUCCUUCCACCUGGUCUUGUCUCUAUUUCUUCCAAGGAAGGUAGCCACAUCGCGCCUCUGAUCUGCAUUUCCCAUCAUCUUUGCCUGCCACAUCGCGCCUCUGAUCUGCAUUUCCCAUCAUCUUUGCCUGCUCAGCCUCCUGUCCUGCUCUGGCUGCAGCACAGCUAAUAGUGGCUUAAGAGGAGUGGGCAGGUCCAUGUGCUUCCCAACCUGGCUCCUCCUUCCAUUCCUGUGCAUUGCCUCUUUUUUCUGGCUGUCACGCAUUCUUGGAUUCCAUUUCCUCAAUCACAUUGCCCUACCUCCCUUCAUGGGCUCUCUUUUCUCCCUCCCCACGGCUGUUGCCG